AUGAGCCACCUAAAUCCCUACAAUGUGGGUUGGAUUAAAAAAGGGAUUGAAACUGAGGUCACUAAAUUAUGCAAGGUUCAUUUCAACAUAAGGAAACAUUAUGCUGAUGGGGUUAUUUGCGAUGUUGUGGAUAUGGAUGCAUGCCCCAUCCUCCUGGGCCGACCUUGGCAAUUUGAUAACUCGGUAAUGUAUGAUGGUCGGAAAAACACUCAUUCGUUUCAAUGGAACUGGAAGAAAAUUGUCUUACUUCCGUCUAAACCCCAACAUGACCCUACUUUUCUACCUACACAUGGGGUACCACCAGAACCAACUUCGGAGAGAGAUCUUCAACUUUCGCAACCAAUUGAGCAACUCCUUGAAGAAUUUUUCGACAUCUAUCCAAGUGAACUCCCAGAUUCUCUACCUCCCAUGAGAGACAUUCAGCAUGCCAUUGAUCUACUACCUGGGGCUAAACUUCCCAAUCUUCCUCACUACCGAAUGCCACCAAAGGAAGCCCAAAUACUACAGCAAAUGAUUGAGGACCUGCUGAAGAAGAAUCUUAUCCGAGAAAGCCUACGCCCUUGUGUCGUACCAGCUCUUAUAGUCCCAAAAAAGAAUGGUGAAUGGAGGAUGUGCAUUGAUAGCCGUCCUCUUAUUGGAAUCUAUGUGGUGGUCUACUUCGACGAUAUUCUUGUUUAUAGCCACUCAACCGAAGCCCACAUUCACCAUGUGCAGCAGGUUUUCGAGAUACUCAAGGCCAACAAUCUAUUUUUAAACCUCAAGAAAUGUUCUUUCGUGAGUUCAGAACUUCUUUUCCUCGGAUUUAUUGUGGGCAAGCAUGGAAUCAAGGCCGAUCCAUCCAAGGUUGCUGCAAUCCGCAAUUGGACACCCUCCUCAGUCACCAAACAGCAAAGUUUUGAAACUCUGAAGCAACGCCUUACUGAAGCUCCUGUGUUGGCACUACCCGACUUCGAUAAGGUUUUCGAAGUAAAAAUGGAUGCAUCUUCCACGGGCAUUGGAGUUGUCCUUAUGCAAGAGCAGUGCAUUAUUGAAUUUUUCAGUGAGAUAUUGUGCCUAGCACGACAAAUGUGGUCUGCCUACGAGCAAGAACUAUACGCCAUUGUGAGAGCCUUAAAGCAUUGGGAGCAUUACUUAGUUCAAUGGGAGUUUGUCCUGCAUUCGGGAAAACACAACCGAGUAACAGAUGCUCUCAGCUGUAAGGUGAACCUACUUAAUAAGUUGCAAUUAGAGGUUGUGGGGUUCUUUGCUCUACAAGACCAGUACCCCGAUGAUCCUGACUUCAGGAAUAUUUGGCAUAAGUGUCGUUUGCAGGAGGCAGCCGGAGAUUUUCACAUUCACGACGGUUACCUCUUUAAAGGGUUGCAGCUAUGUAUUCCUCGAACUUCUCUUCACUUUAAGCUAAUUAAGGACCUUCAUGGAGGUGGUUUAGCUGCUCAUAUAGGCCGAGAUAAAACCAUUUCUUUACUUGAGGAAAGGCUCCUUAUCUUACAGCGCAAAGUUGAUUCCAUUUUGGUUGUAGUUAAUCGGUUCUCCAAGAUGGCUCAUUUUCUCCUUUGCAAGAAAGAUGUCGAUGUUUCCUAUGUGGCCAACUUAUUCUUUCAAGAAAUUGUGAGACUUCACGGUAUUCAAAAAUCGAUUACCUCUGAUAGGGAUGUCAAGUUCCUUAAUCAUUUUUGGAAAACCUUAUGGCGCAAGUUCGAUACCGUGCUUCAGUUUAGUAGUGCUUAUCACCCGCAAACAGAUGGCCAAAUGGAGGUUGUGAAUCGUACCCUAGGCUCUAUGCUACGUAGCCUUGCUGGUGACUCUCCAAAACAAUGGGACUCAUAUUUAGCCCAAGUUGAAUUUGCCUAUAACAGCAUGAUUAAUCAUUCAAUAGGAUUUAGUCCAUUUUCUAUUAUCAACCUUGCUUCCACUCCCUUUCCUCCUCACAAAGCUGUUGAAACUUUAGCAAACAGAAUUCAGGAAGUUCAUGCUCGAGUCAUAUGGAAUUUGAACACCAGCAAUGCUUGCUACAAGGUUGCAAUUGAUCUUCAUCGCUGCCACAAAACUUUUGAAGUUGGUGAUCUUGUUAUGGUCCACCUUCGAAAAGAACGAUUCCCUGCUGGCACCUACAACAAGCUUCAAGCUAAAAGGAUUGACCUCUUUGAUUAUCAUCCACCAGAUGCUCUUGCUUAUUCUUCUCCUUCUUCACUCGUGGUCGAGCUUUCUCGCAGUGGGAGCGAACAUGAUGAGUUUUAG